AAACUGCGCUCCGUUCCUGCAAUAUAACACCAGGAGAUCAGCUGGAGAUUAUCGAUAACGCCUCCCGCCCCUUUAUCUCUUGUGGCAGUUUUGGACUCCAUCACGAUGGCGAAGGAAACCGGUGCAGUGGGAGUGGCAACGUCAUGGGCUCCGAAGGCUACCGCAACAGUGUGGACCUGGUCUGGUCGGACUGCAGCAGAGAGCAGUUCCUUGCCUUUCUCAGGACAGGCCAAGCAAGCUGCUUGAACGACCUGCCGGACCUGGAGGGCAGCAUCCCCGGGUGGAAGCCUGGCUUAUAUUACGGCGCAGACGAGCAGUGUAAAAUAGCCUUCGGGAGCGCAGCCACGGCGUGCACCUUUGCCAGGAAUGACAUUGACAUGUGCAGAGUUCUCUCUUGCCACACCCAUCGGGCUGACCAGACCAGCUGUACACGCCUUCUUGUUCCCCUUCUGGAUGGGACCGAGUGUGGGAUCAAUAAGUGGUGCUCCAAGGGACGCUGUAGCUCUCUGGAAGAGCUGACCCCUGUGGCAGUGGUGCAUGGGCAGUGGUCCAGCUGGAGCCCCCUCACCGCUUGCUCCCGCAGCUGCGGAGGAGGAGUUGUAACGAGAAGACGACUCUGUAACAACCCCAGGCCUGCUUUCGGGGGUCAGGAGUGCAGGGGAGCAGACCUCCAGGCUGAGAUGUGCAAUACGCAGGCCUGUUUGACCUCCCAGUUGGAGUUUAUGGCUGACCAGUGUGCCGCGACAAAUGUAAAGCCGCUGUAUCUCAUUCCAGAAGUCCCGUUUUUUUAUAAGUGGACGUCGGCUGCGGCUUAUGCCAAAGGGGAUACCCUGUGCAAACACAUGUGCAAGGCAGAGAAGAAGAAUUUCAUGGUGAGCCGUGGGGUCAGUUUCACCGAUGGAACCCGGUGUGAGCAGAACAACGGCAGAGCUGAAGCGGCUUUCGAUCUGUGCGUGAUGGGCAGCUGCAGGGUGUUCGGCUGUGACGGCAGGAUGGACUCUGGGAUGGUGCUGGACUCCUGCAGGGUGUGCGGGGGAGACAACGCCACGUGCACCAGAGUGAGCGGCUCUUACGCAGAAGGAAAAGCCAAAGAGUAUGUUACAUUUCUAGCCCUGCCUCACAAGACCACCCUCGUCUACGUUGCCAAUCGCAAACCCCUCUUCACACAUUUGGCUGUGAAGGUCCAAGGUCGGUAUGUGGUGGCCGGGAGGGAGAGAAUCUCCUUGAACACCACCUAUCCGUCGGUAAUAGAGGACAACCAGAUCAAAUACAGGGUGUUUCUCACCGAGGACAACCUGCCAAGCCUGGAGGAAGUCCAUGUCGAUGGGCCAACCCAAGAGGACAUUGAGAUACAGGUUUAUAGGAAGUAUGGGAAAGAAUAUGGAGAUGUCACCAACCCAGACAUCACCUUCAGCUACUUUAUACCAAAGGAGAAACAGACACAUGUGUGGAUUCCUCAGUUCAGGACCUGCUCGGUGAGCUGUGGGGAAGGGGUGCUACUGGUCGAUCACUCCUGCUUUGACCAGACCAGGAAUGAAAUAACAGAUGAUCAGCAGUGCUUGGAAACGCCACAGCCCUCUUCCAGGCAGGAGCCCUGUGCCAUGGCACCAUGCCCACAAGGCUGGGUGGCGGGGGACUUCGGCCCCUGCAGUGCCACAUGUGGGGGUGGAGCGAUGGAGCGGCUGGUUCGCUGUAUGAAGAAAGAAGGGGGCUUGAUCCUGACUCUUCCCGAUUCCAAAUGCACGGAUGCUCCCAAACCUGCCUCCACCAAGGCAUGCAGCACUGAGCCGUGUCCCAUAAGAUGGAAGGAAUCUGAGCUGGGCAAAUGCUCUGCCAUCUGUGGGGUUGGAGUCACCCAGCAGAACGUGACCUGUGUCCAGAUUCUUGAUGGACUGGAGACCACAGUAGACGACAGCCUGUGCCCGGCGGAAGAAAAACCUCUCGCUUUUGUGCCAUGUGUGGUUAACAUCUGUCCUCUAGGCUGGAACACACAGGACAAUUCGCCCUCACGGGAAGAGCUGGUGCCAUUUGGGAGUAUCCAGAAGGAAAAUCACUCGGUGCAUGUCUGGAGCCCUCUCGUUGGCGAAUGCACCGUGACCUGUGGCGGAGGUGUGGCCCAGCUUCGUUAUGUCUGUGUGGCUUUCGAGACCAAAGAAGAAACCCAAGAGAAACAUUGUAAUCAAGUGCCAAAGCCAGCGAGCAGGCUGGAAAGCUGCAAUCCCAUGCUGUGCCCUCCAAGUUGGGAGGUGAAGGAGCUGGCUGCAUGCCCAGUGAGCUGUGGAGGAGGGAGAAUACCACUCUCUCUUCGCUGUGUAAGACAAGAAGGAAAUACAACCCGUCCUCUUCCUCAUUCCAAAUGUGGUAGGAUGCCCAGGCCAGACAGCACCAAGGAGUGCGGUACUGAUCCAUGCCCAGCAAGGUGGCAUUACAAAAUGGACUCGUGCAGCGCUAGCUGCGGAGGAGGUGUGCUGCGCAGGGUCCUGUACUGUGCGAGGGAGACCGGGGACAAGGUGGAAGAGAUUGUAGCAGAUGCACAGUGUCAUGGUUUGCCUCGCCCAGAGGAGCAGGAGCUGUGUAAUCUGGAGCCGUGCCCUCCAAGAUGGAAAGUAGCAGCGACUGGUUCGUGUUCCUCUUCUUGUGGGCUCGGCUUAGCCACACAAUUGAUUACCUGCGUGCAGCUCCGCCAAGGCCUAGAGACCGAGCUGGAAGAGAGUUCGUGUCCGGAGGCCGAGAAACCCCUCCCCAGCAUCCCCUGUUUCAUCAGAAUGUGCUCCUAUGAGUGGGGUUUCAGCGAAUGGACAGAGUGCUCAGCGUCGUGUGGGAACGGCAUUCAGAUGCGGCAGGAUUUUUGCCUCAAUCCGAAAACCCACGAGCACGUGAACCCCGUCUUCUGCAUGCGCUCCCCCAAGCCUAUCACGGUGCGUGGCUGCUCUGCCAGCCCCUGUCCUGAGCAGCCUGCGGUGGAUGGGUACUUGGGAACAGAACACCAGAUACCAACUUCAGCUACGAACCCGAUAACGACAGCAGCCACCAUUUAUCCCGAGAGGCCGGAAUACGAAGCCCUGGAUCGUCUUCCAACCAGGGUGCUGGCUCCUUCACCCAAACGCCCCGAGGAGCUUUCAGCGGGGGAGGAGGACACUGAUGAAGUGUACAGUGUCUGUGGGAGGCUCUUCCUCAACUCCACCGGGGUCAUCAACAUGACCGGCCUGCAGGUCAGUGACUGCACGGUUUCCAUCGGACGCCCCUUGGGGGAAGUGGUAACAGUCCAGGUGCUGGAGAGCUCCCUAAACUGCAGUGCAGGGGAGAUUGUGCUGUUUUCUGGACGGACGAUGUGGCGGACAGGCUGUAAGAAGCUGAUGGUGUCAUCCGUAAACUCCAGGACCAACACAUUGAUGGUGAGACAGCGCCUCCUGCUGCCAGGGAAUGGUGUUGUUCUUCAGUACAACAGCAAAGCAGCUGCAAAAAAAUAUUAUCAAGACUGUGACGUGCAGCUGUUUGGUCCCUGGGGUGAAAUAGUGAAUCCGGGACAGUUGCCGGACCCAAAACGACAAGUGGCAUGUCGGACCUUUAUCAACGUGGCUCCACGGUAUCGCAUAGCCAUCCAUGCCCUCUACAUGGACCUGGGGACUGAAAACAACCAAACACACUCCAAUUACAUCUCGAUACGCGAUGUGAAUGCCAUGAAGACAACAGUGUUUCGUGGGAAACAGCUGUUCUUCUGGGAAUCGACGGGGAGCCAGGCUGAAAUUGAAUUUAAUGAAGGCUUUACAGAAGAUCGUGUCAGUUUCCGAGCAGAGUACUGGGUCAGAAAGCCCAGAUAAAUGGAAACAAGGGACACCCCAGCCAGGGAAGCAGUGGAUCAAUUAGAGUCAGGACUCCCUGCUCUGCCACUGAUUCACCGUUUGACCUUGGGCAAGUCAUUUAACCUCUCCGCCUCAGUUUCCCCUUCUGUUUAAUUGGAAUAACAAUACCUGUCUACUUCACAGGGCUGCUCAGUUAAUAUUUGUAAAGCAUGUGGAGAUGCUCAAGUGAAAGGCAUUAUAUAGCCGUCAAAUAUUAUGAUUCUCUUAAAAGUUUUUUCCGGUCUCUCCCAACUAGUAGUGAGACAACUUGCCGGUUUGAAACGAAUGACUGUGAUCUAAUGUCACCUUGCUAGCAGGGUCUGGUCUGCUCACAGUGCCUCAGCCUCCACCGAUGAAGAUGUAGAUUAGAGCAGUUAGUGAAAGUCAGCAGCUUAACGCUUCAGCAUUUUUCCUUUUGGCCAAUGAUAUGAAUGUGUGUCGCGGACGGAUAAACCAUUCAGAAUUGAUGGACCUGAUGCUCCUUUACGCUCUAGCAGUGUACAAGGACCCUGACAUUUAUAGCCACUUGACUAUCAGAAUGGUGGAAAGGGGCCUUAUGCAGAAAUGAGAAUUGGGCACUACAUGUCCUGCAGCAAUAAUAGUAUUUCUCAAUAUUCAGGUAGAGAACUCGUCCUGCUAAUUAUCAGAGGGGUAGCCGUGUUAGUCUGAAUCUGUAAAAAGCAACAGAGGGUCCUGUGGCACCUUUGGG